AAUUGUUGUUUCUCCACUCUACUUAGCCAGCCAGCUACUCCUUAGUACUUACCUUGUCUUUCAAUCAAUACCUCUCUCCCGUCUCUUAUUUCUUUCUGCUUCAAAUCUUCAAGCUUGAACAACACCACCGUCGUUCCAGAUAAGCAGAGAGAUCGAUCGAAACUCAUUAAGGAUGUUAAACCCUCCAGAAGAACUACCAGAUUGUUUAUAUGCAACACAACCAACACUAAUCCGCCCAAACACGCCAACUCCCAAGCAUUGCCUCACUCUCUCCAAUCUCGAUGACCAGAAGUUUCUCCGGUUCUCGAUCAAGUAUCUCUACCUCUUCAAAUCUUCUAUCAACUUAGACGCCAUGAAAUACGCCCUCUCUAAACUCCUGGUCCUCUACUACCCUCUGGCCGGGCGCUUGAGGUCCAGCCCCGACCGUGAUCAAAAGCUCGAGGUCGACUGCAAUGGAGAAGGUGCUGUGUUUGCUGAGGCCUUCAUGGAUAUCACUGCUGACCAGUUUCUCGAGCUUUCCGAUAAGCCUAACAGGUCUUGGAAGAAACUCUUGUACAGGGUCGAAGGAGGUCUCACUUUUUUGGAUAUUCCUCCUCUUGUUGUUCAGGUCACUAAUCUCCGCUUUGGAGGAAUGAUCCUCUGCACCGCAAUCAAUCACUGCUUAUGCGAUGGCAUCGGCACGUCACAGUUCUUAAAAGCAUGGGCCCACCUAACAGCCAAACCAGAUCUUCCUUCGCCAAUCUCACCCGUCCACUCUCGCCACGUGUUGAGAUCUCGAAACCCUCCAGAGGUAACCUUCUCUCACCCGCAGUUCACCGUAAAUAAGGAAAACGCCCACGUGGACGUCCUCAGAUUCCUCCAGUCCCAGCCGCUCGUCCCCACAUCCUUAACCUUCACUCGCUCUCAUAUCCAUCACCUCAACCGCCAGUGCUCGCCAUCGCUAAAAUGCACCGGUUUCGAAGCCCUAGCAGCCCACACGUGGCGUGCAUGGGUUCGAUCGCUGGACCUGUCACCUUCCCUCAACAUAAAGCUCCUAUUCUCCGUUAACGUCCGGCGGAGGCUGAAGCCGGAGACUCCACAGGGUUAUUACGGUAACGGGUUUGUGCUAGGAUGCGCACAAACCACCGUGAAGGACUUGGUCUCUGCUAACCUGCACCACGGCGUUAAGUUGGUCCAACAAGCUAAGGCAGAGCUCAGUGACGACUACGUGAGGUCUAUGGUUGAUUUGUUGGAGGACAAAGCGGUAAAAACAGAUCUGUCGACGAGUUUGGUUAUAUCACAGUGGGCUAAGCUAGGGUUGGAGGAGUUGGAUUUUGGAGAAGGGAAGGCACUUCACAUGGGUCCGGUAACAAGUGAUGUUUACUGCUUGUUUUUACCAGUUAUCGGAGAUGUAGGUGCGGUGAGAGUGCUGGUGUCGGUGCCGGAGAGAGUGGCGGAGAAGUUUGGAUAUUGCAUGACUGAGUUUUUGGAUAAAGAGUUCAACAAUGGAGGUGAACAUCAUUCUAUUAAUGGAUAUCAUGCAGCAGACAAUGGAAUUAUGGAAUAUUAAUUAGUGUUUGAUGACUUCUUUUUCUUUCUCUAGUUCUGUUUCAAUGCUCCCAGCCACUAUAUAUAUUUAAGUAUCAUAAAAUGGCACGGGAUCGAGCAUCUCACCGUGACCU